AUGUCUUCUCCCACCGACACACUGCAUCCCAAAUGCAUUGCCACGACCGGCGACGAAUUCCACCACCGGACCAGAACAUCGCACUCAUCUCACUUGUCGGAUGAGAGCUUGGUUGCAAGAAGAUCCAACAUAUUCCGAAAGGCUUUGUUUACUCCAGACGGCACUUCCAUUGUAACGCACACGGAGGACAAUUGUCUCCGGACGUUUGUGCUGCCUCCGGAACUGCUGGAUGAGAGAUAUGAGCCACUGUCGCUGAAUGCUUACGCCACUUGGCAGAGUGGCAGCAAUGUUCAAAGCUACGCCGUCUACCCAGGCUUUGAUUUACAGGACCCAACGACGACAUUUGUGCUCACUGGCAGUGCGUCCGUGCCAGUAACUCUGCGAAAUGCUCUCGACUACAAUUCGGUGCAAGCAAGCUAUCCCCUGAUCCACCGAACCACUGAAGAGUACCAGCCGCCACGAAGUCUGGCAUGGACGCGCGAUGGCUUGCACUUCCUGGUUGGCAGUGACAACUUGCUUGCUGGCUUUGAUUGCUCGCAGGCUGGACAAGGCCCGACCAUCUUUCACAAAUUGAAGGCAGGGCGAAAAUCGUCGAGUGGUCUGCAAAUGUUGCAACGCAAAGGCCUUGUUUCAUCCCUCAGCAUAAGCAAUGAUGGUCUUCUCGCUCUCGGCACUAAUGAGCGCGAGAUCGCCAUGUACGACAAUGAUGGGCUCGGCUCCUGGGUAUCUUCCUUCGAGCUUGAGGAAGGACUUGGUACCGGUAUUUCAGAUCUCAAAUGGAGUCCGUGUGGUAAGCACUUGCUCAUUGCAGAGAGGCAGAGCAAUGUCAUCCAGAUGUACGACAUUCGGAAUACGCAACAGAAAGUGGGAGAUUUGACGGGUCGGUAUGCUGCGACGCCACAGGUCAUGAACAUUGAUGUCGUGCCUACAGCCUCUGGUUACGAAGUGUGGGGCGGCAGUACAGAUGGAACGGUGCGCAUGUGGUCAAAUCCUGGAGACGAGUAUGGAGGUCAGAUGCCCUCUGCGACACUGAAGUUGCACGGGUCUCCUGUUUCGAGCGCAAUCUGGCAUCCCUCCGGAGCCAUACUUGCCACUGCGUCUGGCAGACGCUUUGACGAUACCACGUCGACAGAACUUGACAAAGAUUCAGGUCUUAGCGAUCUCAAGCAAGACAGUAGUCUCAAGAUAUGGACCGUGUGA